UCUCUUUAAAGUGAGGAGGAGGGCCUGUUGGGAACUAGCUGAGACUGGCUGAGCCCUCCCUACCAGCUACUUCCCUGUAAGGAAACCAAACUGCGCAACAAGCAGACUGGUCUGCCACUGUGAUUGAACAGGACCUGUAGAGGUGUCCAUCUCAAUUGCAGGAACGGAGCUGUGUAACCAAGAGUGGCCAGCAUGUCAGUGACUGUGACCAAAGGUGGAGGGGUGACUGUAUUUACUGUGAACUCUAAAGAAGGAAGCAGUUGGCCACUGCUGUGUCAAAUACUUGGGACCUUGUGCUACAGCCCAUCAUGCUCUGUGUCCCAGGGACUGAGGAGGCUCCAAGCAAGUUCCCAGACAGCUCUGGGGACUAUACAGAUCAUGGUGGGAGUUCUCAACAUUGGCUUGGGAGCAAUCCUUGUUAGCACGGAUUAUUCUAGCUCACUGCGAUGGAAUGGGGUUCCUUAUUGGCUUGGUGGUGUGUUUAUAGCCGUUGGCAUCAUGUGUAUAUUGGCUGAGAAGUUCCCCAGUCCCUGCUUGGUGGGCAUCAAUGUUUUGAUGAACCUGUCAGGUGCUGCUCUGGCCAUUACUGGAAUUGUGCUGUAUGCUAUAGACCUGGCACACUGCAAUUUCUGGUGGAUUUGCAAUGGUGACAACUACAACUGGCGAGAUGACUACUAUGGCGGCCAGGUGACAAAACCACCCAGUGAUCCGGAGAGGGAUAGACUCUUGGCGAAAUGCAAAGAUGCCAAGCAGAUUGCACAGAUGUUGAUGAAUGCCUUGGACAUCGUGCUCAUCGUCCUUGCAGUCCUUCAGCUUUGUGUCACCAUAAGCUCUGCGGUGUUGGGUAUCAAGGCUUUGUACAAGAAUGGAAAGGAGGGAAAAGAGAACAUCCGGGACCUGGAGCAGUAUAAGCCUCUGCUGGAGGAGGUCACCACUAACCCUGCAGCUUAAAGAGCACUGAUCUGAUAUACUUUAUUGACCAGAACUGAAAGGACAGUUAUAAAGGGGACUAUAUCAAGUUAAUUAAUGAAUUGACUGUUGUAUAUUCAUUUUUUUCUGCAUUUUGAUAAUUUCUUACUGUAUCUUUUAUUCUGUUGUCCCCCCCCCCCCCUCAAAAAAAAUAAACUAACUUUCUUAGCUCAA